AUGUAUUUCAACAAUGGAGGAAACAGCAGCUCGGGAUGCAGUGAUUACAGACCUCCUCAAGUUACUGUAGCGCAGACUUAUCCUCCAAGCUCGAAUUCGAAUUCUAAUUCUAAUUCUAAUUAUUCCCAGCAACAAUCACAACAACAACAACAACAAUCUCAGUUUCAGAACAGUCAACAAUCGCAAUGGCCUUCUUCACAGCAGCAGCAGCAAGGUCAGAUUCAGAUUCAGAACCAGAACCAGAACCAGAAUCACUUCAGUGAUCCGAAUGAUCCGUUUGCCAGUCUGGUUUCAGCACCUCAGCAGAACACAAUGUUGAUGAUGCAUUCAAAUAAUUCAGGCGUUCAACAAUCGUCUCCAGCCUUGCAACAGCAACAAAUGCAGCAGCAAUUUCAGCCAAUGUCUCAACCAGCAAUGACGGGAAUGAACAAUAUGGAUCCAUUUGCGACUUCAAACAGCAGCAGCAGCAACAGCAACGGCAACAACAAUAUGAAUGCAAUGACAGCAAAUGCAAAUGCAAAUGCAAAUCCAGAUCCUUUUGCUCCAUCGACAAUGAAUACAAUGAAUCAUCCUUCUUCCGCAGCAGCGUCACCCUUUGAUCCAAUGGGAGUGCCAUCCACAACGUCAUCUUCCUAUGUACCGUCAUCAUCGUCGUCGUCGUCGUCACUGCAACAGCAAAACUUUGGUCAGCCGACCGCACCAGCACCGUCAGCUGCCAUGCCUCCUCCAGCGCCUGGACAAACUACGCCAGUCAUUAAUGGCAUGUUUUUGGGCCUCGAUGCUCCCAAACCCGGUGCUGCUCAAGGUGAACAAGAAGACGAAGAAGACAAGGAAUUGAAGCAAGCGCAAGAAGCAGCCAUGUAUGCGCAAGACUUGAUCCGCAAACAACAACAAGAAAAGGAAAAGAACAAGUUUUCGUUGGGCAAUCUUGCUGGAAAGGCCCAAAACUUUUUGCAACCACAAAACAAUAAGGGACCAUCGACUCCGUCCUACAACAAAAGCAACAACAACAGCAAUAAGCAAAACUCUUCCUCGUAUUCCAACAGCAAACCUAUUGGCGGAGGCUUUCAUCACAACACUGCCGACAUUUCAGUGGACGAUGUUGACUUUACAGGUGACGACGAUGACGAUGACGAACGCCGUCCACCUUGGUUUGCUGCCAAGAAUACAAAACAACAGGAAGCAUCCAAACAACAAGCAAAGACUCCUGACAAUUCCAACAGCAAGACGGGGGCCGCAGCCUCCAUCGGAGGUGCGGCAGCACUGGGCGGUGUUGCCGGUUUGAUCGCAUUGGGUCCAGUCGUUGGAGUUGCCGCAGCCGGUGCCAUGGCGGUACAGGCGGCUCGUGGUGGAGAGGAUGGUAUUCUUAGAAGUGCAGGAAGAGCAGUGGCAACCGUGGGAGGAGCAGCAAAACGAUUCGAAGACAAGCAUGGAAUGGGAAAGAAAGCUGCUUCGGGGCUCGCCAAAGGUGUGGGAUGGGCAGUUUCAGCAGCAGCAGGUGCGAGUAAGAAAUAG